AUGAAAACUAUAAUUGUUCCAGAAAACGGCUUACUUGUAAUGCCAUUACAAGUAAGGGGUAACCACUGGGUGAUUAUGUUUGCAGACUUUGAAAAUCAUAAAUUCUAUUUUUUUGACCCAUAUGAAACUAUGGAAUAUAAUAAAUGUAGACAUACCUUUGUGAAUAUAUUAGGUCAACUGAAAAAAAAUCAUGUGUAUGGAGAGGUAGGAAAGGUUUGGCCGAAGUUGGAUUUUCAAAAAUUUUCUAAAUAUCCCAAACAACCACACACUGAUUUUUAUAACUGUGGAGUUUAUGUGUUGUACUUUGCAGAGUGCAUAUUAAAAAAUAAGUUUGAAAACGUUAAAUUCAAUGAAGCAUUCUGCCCAAUAGUGUAUAGAGAGGUGUUAAAAGAUCUAUUGUUGGAAGAAUCUGAUUUCAUGAGGGAUAUCUGUUUGUGUUGUGGCCGUACGGAUAAACAACACAGACAUAUAGAAGAGGACAAUGUCGAUUGGGUUCAAUGCGAUGCAUGUAACAGAUGGAUAAUAGUACAAUGUAUGAAAGAUGCAGAACAGAUAUUAGAUAUUGAUGGUAAUUUUGAAUGUCUUUUGUGUAUAUCCUAUUCAAAAAGAUUACAAAGUAAGUAUUGA